ACACAGAUUUCUGAAACUUGCCAUUGUUUGUAGUCUUCUUGCCUUUCCUUUCCUUCUCCCUCCUCAGGCCCAGCAAUAAUUUGAGGGGCGGUUUUUGCUAUAUAACCUUCACCCUUUUUUCUCCAUCAACCCAUCUUCUUUUUCACACCCAUCUCUCACUCUCCCACUGAAAGAAAAACUACAGAACCAAUCAUGGAGAAUUCUGGAGCUUCAAGGAGGCCUUGUUUCAUUGAAGAAGACGAUGGGUUGGCUUCCCUUGCCGAUAUGGAAGCUGGGUUUUCCGGUAAUAGUCAGAGCGCUUCCUUUUCUAGACCUCUUCGUUACAGACGGAGCAACAGCCUGAGGAAUCUCGCUGCUCCCGUUUCUUCUCCGAGAUCUGUCAGCGUCAGGUUCUACGACUCUGGAUGUGAGGAUAAUCCGCCUUAUUUCUUAGAUUCAUGUUUCCUUUGCAACAAGCCUCUGGCAGUUAACAAAGACAUCUUCAUGUACAGAGGGGAUACACCAUUCUGCAGUGAAGAGUGCAGGCAACGGCAAAUUGAGAUAGAUGAAGGGGAAGAGAAGAAUCUUCCUUCCUCCUCCAUGAAAGCUUUGAGAAACAAGGACCAAAGAAAAUCUGCUUCCCCCAACAAAGCACAAGAGUACUCUCUCAGAACUGGCACCGUAGCAGCUGGUUGAUUUAGAAUUACCCCUCAAAAGAAAAAAUAAAAUAAAAUCUACUAGAUUACCAGACAAAAACAGAAAAAAGGAAGAACGCCGUCUUGAGUUUUUUUUUUUUUUUUUCCUCCUCUUAAAUGAACUGAAAAAAAAAAAAAGAAAAAAGAGAGAGGAAGCUUAAAGCUUUGAAUUGUGAAUGCUAAAAUAUGAGAGAAUGUGAGUUAGCUUUGUUCUACUCUAUCAUGUUAUUGCUCUAUUUUUGGGCUUUUUUAUGGUGCUCUGUAGAGUUUAGUUUGUUAAUGUUAAUGUAUAACUGAAGAAGAUAAACAGAAAAAAGGAAGAACUUUUUUUUUUCCCUCUUCUUGAUCUGUAUUCUGUACUAUACAGUCUUAAUGGUGAUUUUGC